ACAUUACUGCAGUUUGUCGUGUUGUUGAUACAUUGUGGCAGUUUGGUUGGGGUCUCUACUUUUGCAACAGUGUAUGAAGAACGAACGUUGGCGCGAUGUUUAUACACUUUCAAUCAAAGACAACGUUUACGUUUUUUCAUAAUCAUUCAAUAUAAUCAUGUAGGGCAGGUGAUAUUAAUUUCCCAUAGUAGUGUGAUCAGUCUGUCUUGGUUCUGGGGACCAACAACAGACCUGCCAACAUGCACGCAUUUUGCGUACCAACUACGCAGUUCUCUGUCCAUGUACGCAGGUACGGGACCCGAGUAUUUUCUCUAUAUAUUUUUUUGUACAUUUUACUGAAUAAAUACACGGAGUAAAUCUAACAUCCCGAUUCUCGAGCUGCAACACACAGACAUGUGCGUAGUUUUUGUCAACGGACAUGGAUAUUAAUAUAUAAUUAUUCGACGUAGCUACCCAGUGUCUGCCCCUCGUUGUUAUUGCAGCCAGUCAGUAAAGCUAUGUCAGACGACGAGAGUGAGGAAACCGGCAGAGCAGUAACUCCGAACCCCCCAAAAAGCAGAAUACACGCCCCUCAGAAGUUCCUUCCUCGAUACCAGAAGUGGUCAUGCUUGACGCAAUCUAAGCUAUCAUAUCAUGCAUUUUAUACUUUGUGCAAGUAUGAUGACAUCAGUCAUCAAGGAAGCUCAGGUCAGAGCUGUGAAAUCGUUCAGCUGGCUGCAGUAAGUGGGGGUCACUCCCUGAACCUCUACACUGUCCCUCGACGUCGGAUGCAGCGUGGAGCCGCCAAGGUCACAGGCUUCAGAGUCUGGAGGCACAGGCUCUACCACCAUCGCUGCCCUGUCCUGACCAACUCCCUCAAAGAAGUCCUAGUCUCCUUCAUAGCCUUCUUGCGCAUGCUUGACCGCCCAAUUGUCAUUGGUCACAAUAUCCGUCGCUUCGACUGCCCUGUGCUAGCUAGAGGGCUUGAUGAGUUUGACCUUAAAGCGGAGUUCCAGUUCGCAGUUUCUGGUUGCUUGGACACGCUCCCAUUGGCGCGAGAGAUUCUGAAGGGACGCGGACUCCAGAGUUUUCGUCAGGAAAACCUUGUUCGGAUAGUGGUUGGCAUCUCCUACGAGGCACAUGAUGCCUUGGAGGAUCUGCGGGCACUGCAGAGGCUCUAUGGUGCCCUCAGGCCCACGCCACAGCAGGUCCUCAGGCAGAGCUUCACCCUGGACACCAUGGCAGAGCCAGCACCCAAGCAGCCCCCUGCAGCCAAGGCCAAGGGGUCCUGUAGGGCAACAGGUCAGUGGCCCCUGUGGAAGAACUUCAAACAGGAAGUGAAGGUCACAGAGGGACCCAAAGGGGGCACCACAGGCCAGGGUGAUGCAACUCUUAUAAUGGAUAAUGGUUGUAAAUGAAACUAAAUGGGCAUUUUCACAUGUUGUGGAGAUAAUAAAUUAGACGCUCAGUUAAAUAAUUUAAGGUUCUGACUUUGUGAUGGAUUGUAAUGUGUUUGUGUAAUUGUUUUUAAAUUCAAUAUGUUUUCAGAAAAUAAAACUUAUUUUGUUUUUGUAACACUUCAACCUGUUAGGGGAAUUCAACCAGAGAUGGGUUAGAACAGUUACCUGCUACCCUCCCAGGGGAAUUGUUAGAUAUCUCUGUAUAAAUGCUAUGGCUAUCAAAUGUCUUAGAAUAGGGAGUGCUGAUUUUAUGAUCAGGUUUGCCUUCUUAAAUCCCUAUGAAUAAUAUUACAUGGAGAUGGGACCUGAUCCUAGAUCAGCACCACUACUCUGAGAUGCUCUCCUUUCCAAAUUCUACUUUACCAAUAAUGUUAUGGGUUUGUUACAUUUGUUGAGGAAUAAAAGUACAUUCAAAAGGUG